ACCUAAGCUUUAUGUCUGCUCUCGUCAGAGAAAAGAUUUCUAUCAUGUGAUACAUCACCAAACCAAACCAAACAACAAAUCAAACCGACUAGUAAAAAUGAAGUCCUUCGCCGUCCUCUCUUCCAUCCUCCUCGGAGCCGCCUCCGUCUUUGGAGCCCCUGUGAUCGAGCGAGCCGAAGCUCCCACUGAAUUCGACGUCACCAACUUCAGCGCAAACACCCUUCCUCACGGCACCGGAGCCUUCAUCUCCUUCGACGUCGCCAUCCCCAACACCUCCGUCCGCACGACCUGCGCGUACUCGGACCAGACCUCAACCUCGACGCUCCCCUCCGUCCCGCUGUCCGAGUGCGCCGACCCGGCCUUCCGCUGGCAGUUCCGCCAGGACCCCUCCCUGCCGGGCACCCAGGGCCGCUACCGCGUCGUCCUCACCUACGCCUACGACGGCCCCAAGACCGCCGCCGGCUUCCACGAGUGGCCCGCCGCCGACUUCCCCCUCGAGAACCUCGGCUCCGCCUACGCCACCACCUACCGCGGCGAGCCCGACUUCGCCAUCUCCAACCUCUCUUAACUUUAAGUCUCGGAAGCGGUAAGGU